AUGCCUACAUUCCCUAAAGGCACUCCCAAAACGCUCCAGACAGGCCAGGAAUGUCGUCAUGAAGCUAUGACCCAUGUUGCUCGCGGGGAGUUUUAUGAAGAUCGCUUCCAGCUUUCUUGUGUGGAGCCAGAUCCGAAGAAUGUCGCCCUGAAUAGGACCUGCAUGCGCCGAGUCGUGAUUGGGUCAUGUCUUAAAGAUCCUGAUCUAAUCGAUUUAGAGCACUUGACUGGAACGCGACGGACCGAUCGGGAUAGUCGUCCCAUGCUAGCCUAUGCGUAG